CUCACUGUGUUAUGAUGCAGUUCCACAACACACAGCUACAUUCACCCACAGACCGAGGUACAGACGAGAGACAACCUCUGGCCCCCCAGCAGCUGGCCAGCUUUGCAGCCCAGUCUUGAGCCCCUAACUCCCCUCCCCUGGCCCCAUCCCCUUCCCAAUUGAAGGAGCGGAGAGAAGAGCGAAGAGUGAGCAGAGAGAUUGAGAUUGAGAGAGAGAGAGAUAGACGGAGAUCUCUGGAGCAGACCUCAAGGUGACUUCCAUUUCUAUCUGGUUCACGUCUGGGGGGGCCCUGGCCGGGCAGCCCCCCCACAUUUCUCCUGCCCUAAAACACGGCUCUAGCCAACCUGCUCCGCUGCUUCACCUGCGACCGUCUCUGUGGGGGCUGCACGGCGCCAGCCCCUCCGGCCCACCAGGGCAUCGUCCUCCAGCCCGUCAUGCCCAGCUGUGACCCCGGCCCCGGCCCCGCCUGCCUCCCCACCAAGACAUUCCGCAGCUACCUGCCCCGCUGCCACCGCACCUACAGCUGUGUCCACUGCCGGGCACACCUGGCCAAACACGAUGAGCUUAUCUCCAAGUCCUUCCAAGGGAGCCAUGGCCGAGCCUACCUGUUUAACUCCGUGGUCAACGUGGGCUGUGGGCCGGCCGAACAGCGCCUUCUACUCACAGGGCUCCACUCUGUAGCUGACAUUUUCUGCGAGAGCUGCAAAACUACGCUGGGCUGGAAAUAUGAACAAGCCUUUGAGACGAGCCAGAAGUACAAGGAAGGGAAGUACAUCAUUGAAAUGUCACACAUGGUGAAGGACAACGGCUGGGACUGAGGGGUCAGGCAGGCUGCGCCCUCCCUCCGCAUGCCCCACCCCCCCCACACCUGUGUCCUGGCCCUGCCAAGCUGCCCGUACCAGCAUGAGUUCUGGCCCACCCCUGGGGGAACCCUGCUCCAAUGACCCCUCCCCUGCCUCCACCUCAUCACUCUCAGACCCCUUUGGCACAGGGGUCUGGGCUCCCCAGGGGUACCCAAGGCUCCGGAGUGGACACCAGUCAGGGAGGCAGAACUGGGGAAAAGGGAUGGAGGUGGGUCCUUGCAGCCCCCAAGUCCUGGGAAACUGAGGCGAGAGCAGAGCCUGACUCAGACAGAGAGGCUGUGGGAGGAACCGGCCCCACCUCUCGCUGAGUGAAGGAGGACAAGCCUUGAGUCAUGGGCCGGUAGAUGGCAGGCCACAUGUGGAUCAGCAGAUGAGAAGCAGCUUGGGUCGGAGCGAAAUCUUGGCCUCCGAACCCGGGCAAUGCCAGCCUCUGAGGGUGACGUUCCCCACGCCCCUCGGUAGGAGAAGGGACCCCGGGGGUGGAAGGAAUAGGCUCAAAUCCCAGGUCCUGGGAAAGAAUAAAAGCAUCACAGGGGUUUCCAUUUCACUCCACUUGUUAGUUUGUCUUGGCACUGAAGAGGCACUUUCGAGGAUCAACCUCUGCCACUGGGUGGGGUGGGGAGAGCUGCCCUGGGUCCAGCGGGCGGUCUCCCAGGCUCAGCCCCGCGCCCUGGGGCCCUGUCCCUGGGAGGAAGUGCGGAAUCAGCACUACGGGGCCAGACUUCCUCGUGGCUGCCACCAGCGAACGAAACUUUUGUAUGAUACAUAAAGUGUUUGGGUCUAUUUUUAAUAAAAAGGGGGAAA